GCGGAUGGCGUUUAUAUGAUGGCGGGGGUCGAUAGGCCCGGAGCCAGGACACUGUCAAAGAUAUUUAUGCGAGGACAAGAUGGACUGCCUUCACUCGCUAACAGGACAGCUUUACUUGCAUUUUUUGGCCAAGUAGUAACUGGAGAAAUAGUGAUGGCUUCAGAAUCUGGGUGUCCAAUUGAACAACAUCGCAUUCCAGUAGAGAAAUGUGACCACAUGUACGAUCCUAACUGCGAAGGUGCUAUGUACAUGCCUUUCCACAGAGCUGCGUAUGAUAGAUCAACCGGACAAAGCCCUAAUAGUCCUCGAGAACAAAUAAAUCAGAUAACAUCUUGGAUCGACGGCAGCUUCGUGUACAGUACAAGCGAGGCCUGGGUGAAUGCAAUGAGGUCAUUUCAGAAUGGGAGCUUGGCAAGUGAGGGUGGGAUGCCCUUACGUAAUACGAAACGUGUGCCACUAUUCAACAACCCAGUUCCUCAUUACAUGAGAAUGCUCAGUCCUGAAAGGCUCUUUUUGCUAGGUGAUCCGCGUACAAAUCAAAACCCAGCGAUGGUAACAUUUGGGAUUCUGCUGAUGCGUUGGCACAACGUUGUAGCGGCGCGCGUGCAUCGCCAGCAUCCGGACUGGAGCGAUGAACAGCUGUUUCAGCGAGCGAGAAGAAUCGUUAUUGCUAGUUUACAGAAUAUCAUAUUAUACGAGUACGUCCCAGCUUUCUUAGGCGUACCGAUCCCACCAUACUCUGGUUACCGUGCCGAAGUAGCCCCAGGAGUCACGCACGCCUUUGCAGUGGCUGCUUUCCGAUUCGGACAUACAUUGGUGCCACCGGCCAUAUUACUAAGAGACAGAAAUUGUAGAUACGGCCGGGCGCCUGGUGGUCAUGAUGCAAUUAGGCUGUGUCAGACUUGGUGGGAUGGAAAUGAUGUAAUGUCACAAAUACCAAUAGAAGAGGUUCUAAUGGGCAUGGCUUCCCAAUUGUCGGAGCGUGAGGACGCACUCCUCUGCUCAGAUGUGAGAGAUAAUCUCUUUGGACCCAUGGAGUUCUCACGAAGAGAUCUUGGUGCUUUGAACAUUAUGAGAGGGCGGGACAACGGCUUGCCAGAUUACAAUACGGCCAGAGAAUACUUUGGUCUACAUAAAAUCAAAACCUUCAAUGAAAUCAAUCCACAACUUUUUGAAAACAAUCCUGAUUUACUUCAAAAGUUAAUCCAAAUUUAUGAAGGAAGACUUGACAAUAUCGAUGUUUAUAUUGGUGGAAUGCUUGAAUCAACUGGACAUCCAGGAGAAUUGUUUAGAGCUAUCAUAAUAGACCAAUUUACAAGAAUACGAGACGGUGACAGAUUUUGGUUUGAAAACGAAGGGAAUGGAAUAUUUACUCGAGAAGAAAUCGAAGAUCUACGUCGUAUAACUCUAUGGGAUGUUAUUGUAAAUAGUACAGCAAUUGGUCCUAAUGAUAUCCAAAAAGACGUUUUCCACUGGUCAGAAGGAGAUCCGUGCCGUCAACCGUAUCAAUUAAAUGCUUCUAAACUACCACCAUGCAAAUACCUAAAGGGUUACGACUACUUUGAAGGAAAUGAGUUUGCAUACAUUUACACAUGUUUAAUUCUCACAUUCGUGCCAAUACUCUGCGCGGGCGCGGGAUAUGGCGUUGUAAAACUACAGAACAGUCGUCGACGUCGUCUUAAAAUACAGCAAGAACAUUUGAAAAAUGCUGAACAAAAAGGUUCUGUUGAUAAAAUGGUAUGUAGAGAAUGGGUACACGCAUCCCACAAGAGGCAAGUAAAGCUAAGACUCGGUCCAGAAUCUGCGCUUCAUGUAACUGAUCGCAAAGGUGAUAAGUUACGUACUGUACCAUUAGAACAUACCGACCAACUUACUGUAUUAGAAAGCCAAGAAAGCCGUACAAAUAAGCGCCCUCUCGUUUUGAUAAGAGUACAGCGUGAGCACGAUCUCGUCCUGGAAAUGGAUUCCUUUGCUUCACGUCGGAAAUUUCUUGUUAAAUUAGAUGCUUUUCUUUCACAACACAAAAAGGCACUAAAUCUCACACAGGGACAUCGAGACCAUAUCUUAGCAUCUGCAGAAACAAGAGAACGGCGUCAAAGAAAACUUGAACAUUUCUUCAGAGAAGCAUAUGCUAUCACUUUUGGUCUUGCACCUGGUGAAAAGAGACGAAGAUCUGAAGAUUCGGAUCCGGAGUCUAUAGUUAUGAGAACAUCUCUAUCCAAAAGUGAAUUUGCAAGUGCUCUUGGAAUGAAGUCAGAUGCAGUGUUUGUAAAGAAAAUGUUUAACAUUGUUGACAAAGAUGGUGAUGGAAGAAUAUCUUUUCAGGAGUUUCUUGACACUGUUGUAUUAUUUUCCCGUGGAGCGACAGAUGACAAACUUCGGAUUAUAUUUGAUAUGUGCGAUAAUGAUAGAAAUGGAGUAAUCGACAAAGGUGAAUUAAGUGAAAUGUUGCGUUCUUUAGUGGAGAUUGCGAGAACUACUUCCUUAAGAGAUGAACAUGUCACUGAACUUAUUGAUGGCAUGUUCUCCGAUGCUGGUCUUCAGCAUAAAGAACAUCUUACGUAUUCGGACUUCAAACUAAUGAUGAAAGAAUAUAAAGGAGAGUUUGUUGCAAUUGGCUUGGAUUGUAAAGGUGCUAAACAAAACUUUUUGGAUACAUCUACAAAUGUUGCUAGAAUGACCAGUUUUCAUAUAGAGCCUUCGAUGGAACAGAGAAGAAAUUGGUUCUUAUUGAAAUGGGAUUAUAUGACAACUUUUUUGGAAGAAAACCGACAAAAUAUAUUUUACCUAUUUGUUUUCUACGUUGUAACAAUAGGUUUAUUUGUUGAAAGAUUUGCGCAUUAUUCUUUCAUGUCUGAACAUUUAGACUUAAGACAUAUUAUGGGUGUUGGAAUCGCAAUAACUCGAGGAUCAGCAGCUUCAUUGUCUUUCUGCUACAGUCUUCUUCUUUUAACAAUGUCAAGAAACUUAUUGACGAAGUUAAAGGAAUUCAGCAUCCAACAGUAUAUACCAUUGGAUUCAAGUAUCCAAUUCCACAAAAUAGUUGCCUGUACGGCACUCUUUUUUUCCCUUCUUCACACAGCGGGCCACAUGGUGAACUUCUAUCACGUUUCCACGCAACCUGUAGAGAACUUACGCUGUUUGACGAAAGAAGUUCAUUUCACCUCAGAUUUUAGACCUGGAAUAACAUAUUGGGUCUUUCAAACUAUAACAGGUGUAACAGGCGUCCUGCUAUUCAUAAUAAUGUGCAUAAUAUUCAUAUUCGCACACCCCGUCAUCCGCAAGCGCGCGUAUCCGUGGUUCUGGCGCGCGCACUCGCUGCACGUCGCGCUCUACGCGCUUUGCCUCGUGCACGGCCUCGCGCGGCUAACCGGCGCGCCGAGGUUCUGGAUAUUCUUCCUCGGACCAGCCAUUAUUUACAUUUUGGACAAGGUUGUUUCAUUACGCACGAAAUAUCUGGCUUUAGAUGUGCUAGAAACGGAAAUGUUGCCAUCUGACGUCAUAAAAAUAAAAUUCUAUAGACCACCCAAUUUAAAAUAUUUGUCAGGUCAAUGGGUUCGGCUGGCUUGCACAGCAUUUAAGAAGGAAGAGUUCCAUUCCUUUACAUUAACAUCAGCACCGCACGAGAACUUUCUGUCAUGCCAUAUAAAAGCACAAGGACCUUGGACUUGGAAACUUCGAAAUUACUUUGAUCCUUGCAACUAUAAUCCAGAAAACCAGCCAAAAAUUAGAAUUCAAGGUCCAUUCGGAGGAGGUAACCAAGACUGGUACAAAUUCGAAGUUGCAGUUAUGGUCGGUGGAGGUAUUGGUGUAACUCCUUAUGCCUCAAUUCUAAACGAUCUAGUUUUUGGAACAUCUACUAAUAGAUAUUCAGGAGUUGCUUGCAAAAAGGUAUACUUCUUAUGGAUUUGUCCUUCACACAAGCACUUUGAGUGGUUCAUCGAUGUUCUAAGGGAUGUAGAAAGAAAAGACGUCACGAAUGUUCUGGAAAUACACAUAUUCAUAACCCAGUUCUUCCACAAGUUCGAUCUCAGGACUACGAUGCUGUAUAUCUGCGAAAACCACUUCCAAAGGUUAUCCCGAACUUCUAUGUUCACGGGACUAAAAGCAGUUAACCAUUUCGGACGUCCUGACAUGUCGUCCUUCCUUAAAUUCGUCCAGAAAAAACACAGUUAUGUGUCAAAAAUCGGCGUGUUCUCGUGUGGACCACGGCCGCUCACCAAAUCCAUCAUGUCGGCGUGCGAACAAGUCAACCGUACGAGACGACUACCCUACUUUAUACACCAUUUCGAAAACUUCGGAUAGUUACUUAUAACACUAUAAAUUCCACCUUACACAUGGUAAUAAAAUAGUGACAGAAUAAUAGAUAUUAAAAAAAAAUACUUUAAUUAACUCGAUACAUCAAAUUGUUAAUAUAGUUAAAAAUUAGUAAAUAUCAACAAAUAUCAGGUGACACAACGAAACGCUAUAAUUAUUAGUAAGACUACUUCAUUAUGAAAAAUUUUAUUAUUCCUUUAUCCCUGUUUUCCUCAACAAUCAAAUUUUAAUAGUGUGUAAUUUUUAUAAUUAAAUAAUUUUAUGACACUGCCUUUCAACAAACUAGUGAUGCUAUUUAAAUAAUUAUGAAUGUAAGAUAUUUAUUAAUACAUAUACAAAAUUUCAUUAUUCAUGAUAUUUUAAUGCCAAGUAGUUAAUAUUUUGGCAUUUUGUGUUACCAUUACUUUAAAAUAGAUUUGAAUCAUAAGUCAAUGUAGGUAUGUUAAGUUUUUGUUAGUCGUAUUUUUUAUAUUCAUAUACUUUCUGCACGAAAAAGAAGUUUCUCACUUUCCAAAUAUUAUUUGAGUUUCGGCUUUGAAGAAUAUCGUUUUCAUAAAAUCAUAGCGACGUUAGUACAAAACAACUUUGCAUUUUUAUGUACAAAACUGUAAACUAUUUUAUAAUUAUUGUAAAAUACUCAUUGCGACUAAAAUUAAGUUAUUUGUCCUUUACGAUUAUUUAAAUUCAAAAAGAUGCUUUUAAAUGUAUAUAGUGUAGAUGUUAUUGGCUAGAAUAAGAGUAACCGAUUUUUACAGAUUUAUAGUGUAAAUAAUGAAAUAAAUUUUGUUUCCUAUGAA